GUCUAGUAACUAGUUUAAUUUCAGAACAUAUUCCAGUGUACACAGUGCUGUUUGUUAUGUCAACAUUUUUUCGUUGGUUGAACAUGAAUUAAGAAGAACAGAGACUAACCAUUUGGUAUAGUCGGAACGCAUCCGGUGUUCAGGGAGCAGCCCAGGGUGGGGUCUGCUGUCAUCCAAAAACAUUGAAGUCAUUGAAUUAUGACAGUUUAGUGAAGAAACUCGUUUCUGCUGUAAUUGUGAAGCAUCAUGGCACGUCCUAUUGUGCCAAGUCAGCAGAAGCUGGCUGAGAAACUCACUAUUUUGAAUGACCGUGGUGUUGGUAUGCUGACACGUAUCUACAAUAUCAAGAAAGCUUGUGGCGAUGCCAAAUCCAAGCCAGGAUUCUUAUCAGAUAAGACUUUGGAAUCAUCAAUUAAGUCUAUCGUCAGGAAAUUCCCUAAUAUAGAUAUCAAAGGACUUCAGACUAUCACUAAUCUUCGCAAUGAGAUCAUCAAGUCUCUCUCAUUAUAUUACUACACUUUUGUUGACCUCCUGGACUUCAAAGACAAUGUUUGCGAACUCCUUACAACAAUGGAUGCCUGUGGGGUUCAUAUGGAUAUUACUAUUAAUUUCGAUCUUACCAAAGGAUACUUGGACCUAGUCGUUACGUAUGUGAGUUUGAUGAUUCUGCUUUCAAAAGUGGAAGACCGCAAAGCUGUUCUGGGUUUAUUUAAUGCAGCACAUGAAAUGGUACAUAGCCAGUCCGAUCCGAGUUUUCCUCGCUUGGGGCAAAUGAUCAUGGACUAUGAUGCUCCGUUGAAAAAAUUAUCUGAGGAAUUUGUACCACAUUCCAAGCUUCUGAAAAAUGCUCUCACUUCACUAUGGUUAAUAUAUCCAGGUAGAAAUCUAUCAGCAGAUACUUGGAGAGCUGAUCAAAAAUUAAGUUUGGUUGGUAGUCCUGGGCAGAUUCUUAAAGCAGCGGCAACCGAUACAAUGUCGUGUGAAACUUUAAGCUUAGACAGGAUUGAAAGAUGGGUUAUUCUAGGCUUUACACUCUGUCACACAUUUCUAAGCCAGGAAGAACCUGGCAAACUUUGGACUACAGCUCUGGAAUCUAGUUGGGUCUUGGCAUUAUUUAGAGACGAAGUAAUCUACAUACACCAGUAUGUACAAGCCUUCUUCGAAAGUAUGAAGGGUUACAGCAAGAGAGUGUCCGAAGUGAAAGAGUGUUAUAAUCAAGCCAUACAAAAAGCUGGAUACAGGCACAGAGAGAGAAGGAAAUUUCUACGUACCGCUCUAAAGGAACUUGGCCUAAUCCUAACCGAUCAACCAGGACUAUUGGGACCAAAAGCACUACUGGUACUCAUGGGAUUGUCACAUGCCAGGGAUGAAGUCCUUUGGCUUCUAAGACAUGGUGAAAAUCCUCCCAUCCAAGGCAAAGGAAAAGGUCGUGGCAGUGAAGAUUUGGUAGACAGACAACUCCCCGAAUUACUAUUCCAUUGCGAGGAGUUACGAGCCCUGGUCAGGAAGUAUUCUCAAGUCCUUCAGCGUUACUACGUGCAAUUCCUUUCAGGAUUCGACGCACCUGCGCUUCAUCAAAUGAUUCAGAAUCUCCCAGUCUGUCCCGAGGACGAAGGUGCAAUUUUGAGCGACAUGUGCUCUACCAUAGCAAGCGUCACCGUCAAACAAGUCGAGGACAAUGAACUCUUCGACUUCCGGGCAUUCAGACUCGAUUGGUACAGACUACAAGCUUACAUGUCGAUCGCCAAGUGCAAUAUGAAUCUCGCCGACAAUCGAGAACUUGCCUCAUUCAUGGACACAGUAAUAUUCCACACAAAAAUGGUAGACAAUCUGGAUGAGAUGCUAGUAGAGACAUCUGACCUGUCAAUCUUCUGUUUCUACAGUAAAAUCUUCGAGGAUCAAUUUCACAUGUGCUUGGAAUUCCCUGCUCAGAAUCGCUACAUCAUAGCCUUCCCAUUAAUUUGCAGCCACUUUCAAAGUUGCACUCACGAGCUCUGUCCUGAGGAACGUCAUCACAUCCGCGAGAGAAGUUUAUCAGUAGUAAACAUGUUUCUAGAUGAGAUGGCAAAGGAAGCCAAAAAUAUCAUAACCACCAUAUGCGAUGAGCAAUGUAACAUGAGUGACAAGCUGCUGCCAAAACACUGCGCUUUAAUGAUAUCCCAAGUAGUGAAUCGCAAGAAAAAAGAUAAGAACAAGAAAAACAUGUAUGAAAUUCAUAAACCUGGUAUCGAAUCAUACAGAAAGACCAGAGAGGAACUUACCACGAUGGAUAAAUUACACAUGGCUCUUACUGAACUAUGUUACGCAAUCAAUUACUGUCCUACGAUCAACGUCUGGGAGUAUACAUUUGCACCUAGAGAAUAUCUUCAUCAACAUUUAGAAAAUAGAUUCGCAAGGGCUCUUGUUGGGAUGGUCAUGUUUAAUUCAGAUACCAGUGAAAUUGCUAAGCCAUCUGAACUCUUCGUCAGCGUCCGUGCUUACAUGAACGUCCUUCAGACAGUUGAGAAUUACGUCCACAUAGACAUCACCAGGGUAUUUAAUAAUGCAUUGUUACAACAGACUCAAGCCCUUGAUAGUCAUGGCGAGAAGACUAUCGCAGCCCUGUAUACCCAGUGGUACUCUGAAGUUCUCUUAAGAAGAGUCAGCGCAGGUAACAUCUGUUAUUCUGGUAACCAGAGGGCAUUCGUUAGUCUUUCAGUGGAAGGAGCGAUUCCAUUUAACGCUGAAGAAUUCUCAGACAUCAAUGAACUUCGAGCAUUGGCAGAACUUAUUGGUCCAUACGGGAUGAAGAUGCUGAAUGAAACACUCAUGUGGCACAUAUCUAGCCAGGUACAGGAGCUGAAGAAGCUAGUGGCUGGUAACAAAGACGUGCUCGUCGCUCUAAGAACAAACUUUGACAAGCCGGAAGUCAUGAAGGAACAGUUCAAGAAGCUUCAGCAUGUGGACAACGUUCUCCAGAGAGUGACCAUCAUUGGCGUCAUACUGAGCUUCCGACAAUUGGCUCAAUCCGCCCUCGUAGACGUUCUUGAAGAGCGCAUACCUUUCCUUCUGAGUUCCAUCCUGGAUUUCAGACAUCAUCUUCCUUCGGGGGAUCCCAUGAGAGUCGUUUCGGAAAUGACGUCAGCAGCUGGUCUAACGUGCAAAGUGGAUCCUACUCUAACGGUUGCACUAAGAGGUCAAAAGCCUGAGGUCGACGAGGACGAGCAUCUUCUAGUUUGCCUUCUCAUGGUCUUCGUUGCAGUUUCCAUCCCUAAAUUAGCUCGCAACGAGAAUUCAUUCUACAGAGCUUCAUUGGAAGGCCAUUCAAAUAACAUACACUGCAUGGCUACUGCUAUCAAUAAUAUAUUCGGUGCGCUGUUCACAAUAUGCGGUCAGAACGACAUCGAGGAUAGGAUGAAGGAGUUCCUGGCACUGGCAUCCUCCAGUCUACUGCGACUCGGUCAGGAAGCUGACAAAGAGACAACCAAAAAUCGCGAAUCUGUGUAUCUUCUAUUGGAUCAAAUUGUCCAGGAGUCACCUUUCCUAACGAUGGAUCUUCUGGAAUCCUGUUUCCCCUACGCACUCAUACGUAAUGCGUACCAUGAUGUCUACAAAAUGGAACAUUCUCAGCCCUAAAGGAUUUAUCCGUCAUAAAUGUAAAAGGAGUUGUACCACGUCCUCGCUUACCACGGGACUAUUUUCUUACUCAAUAAUCCACGAGAUGCCAAAAUGAUUCUGUGGAUAAAAAUCGUAUCGCUUCGAGAUCGAGUAUCCGGAGUGUUAAAAAUCAAAUUCGAAAUCUCGCUGAUCGGCCGAGGCUAAUUUAUUUAUUUAGCUGAUUUAUAUACGUACGUGUAUGUACAGACGCGUGUCUUCAUUCGGUCGAUUCUUGUAGUACGUGUCCGUUUUGUUUCAUGCUGAUGAUACAAUGGCGAUUGAUCAAUCGCACGAGGCUAAAUAUAAUUUAACAAUUAUCCUAACUUCAAUCGACAUGCUCAUUCGCUGUCAUGUAGGUCUACACGUGAUUACUCAGUGUUACAGCCGGAAAGAUAUCGUAUUUUAUUAUUAUUUAAACUACUCGUAGCUGAAUUAUGAUGAGCAUCCGGUGUAGAACGGAUGUCGAUGCAUUUUCUAUGAACGUAAACGACCCUUAAGUCGAUCUUUAGGUAGUAUACUUUAGAUUUCCAUAAAUAAAAACAUGGAAUAACAAGAGCAAAGAAUCUAUGUGGAUCCAUUAGAUUUUAGUUUAUAAGCAAUCCUUGCGACGGAGCGUAGCCUCAUUUAAAUUUCAUCAUGUCAUUACCCUGUUGGACGGUACGGAAAGAAACGUCCAUUUUUUCAUUGUAACUAUUUUAUAAUACUAGUUUAUAAAAUAAAUAAAGGCGUCACGAAACCAAUAA